AUGGCCGACACAGGCUUCGUCAAGCCCGAGCCCGGGACGGAGCCCGCCCCAAUUGACGAGGAAGACUUGUACGAGGACGCGGGCGACCUCGAGUUCUACGACAAAUCUCAGGGCCCAACGUUUGAGACGCUCUAUCUCGCGCGCAUCCCCCGUUACAUGUGGGAGGCGUGGCAGAAGCUCAGCGACCGCCUCGGCGACGAGGAGGAGAUCCAGAUCGGUACGCUGCGCACCUGGAACGAGCCCGGCCAGCGCGACGAGGACGGUAACAUCGGCCCCGAGAACACCAAGCUGCGCAUGCUGCUCGACCCGGGCUGUGGCGAGCACCACACCCUGCCCCGCGAAUACGACCUCGACGUCCUCGAUCGCGAGGUCCACAACCACUUCAUCUUCACCGAGGAGGACCUGCCCAGCUACAAGACCAAGAACAAGGAGCGCCAGGACCAGCUCAACGCCGGCAUCCCCGCGCACAUUCUACGGCAGAGGGAAGCGGCGGCGAGUGGUGCUGGUGGCAGCGGCGCGCCGCAACGGCACACGUUUGACCGCAAAAGCCGCUUCCAGCCGUACUAUCGCAAGGCGAUUCCUAAAAAAACAAAGAUAUACGGCAAGAUUCAUUAUGAUGUUCGCGUGGAACCGCGAAACACUGGGGAAGAAGAACGAUACCUCGGGCAGCAGCUCUACCAAGCCGAAAACUCGAGAGCCAAGCUCCAGAUUAUCAGUAGAAACACGGCAACAUCCAUCAUUAAUCCUGGUACGGCCGGUGCCGUUGGAUGGGCUGGUAACUUUAUCAAAAAUACUCCUUCUCUCGUCAAGCCCAAGAAGGGCGAGAUUCUCAAGGCCGCCCGCAUUCCCAAGAACCAGCUUCUCGAUCUCAUCUUCGACUGCUUCCGUCAAUACCAGUACUGGUCUAUGAAGGCGCUCCGCCAGCGCACCCAGCAGCCCGACUCGUAUUUGCGCCAGGUCCUCGAGGAGGUCGCCGUGCUCAACAAGUCCGGACCCUUUGCAAACCACUACUGCCUGAGCGAAGCCUACCGCGACAAGGCCGGUAACGAAUCGCGCGAGGCCGCUGCCGAGACGGUCGACGACGGCGACGAUGACGAGCCUGAGGACAUGGAGGAUGUUGUUCUUGCGUGA